GAGAUAUCUUACUAGUCUCCAGUUUCCUCGCGUUCAGAUGUCUUACGUGAUACCGCAUCAAAACAAACAGAGCCGGGAGCUUUGAGCCAUUCAUUUUGGGAAAAACUUUGUGACUUCUCCGUGAUAUGACAAUCAAUAGAAUAUUUUGACAGAAUCAAGUAGUUAAAAAUGAAAUUUUAGGGAAAAAGCUCGUGGAUGUCAACGGCAAAAUCCCGAGGGUUCCUGUAAAUAUCGGAAGAAGUGCUCAUUUCAUUACCAAGUCGGCCUCUGUUUCAACGUUAUCGACUUUCUGUAUCGUAGCUUUCCAGUAUUGUUUUCCAUAGUGGGAAAAUUCUUUUUGAGGCAGACGACACAGCUGGAAUACACAAAAAAGGUGAGUGUAAGCUUGACGAAAAUUUAUUUCAAAACACAAAUUAUCUCGCUUAAAUUCAACGCUUCUGUAAACGCAAAUGUCCCUAUGCUAAAAUGUUUCAUCGCCAUUUUAACUAAAUUAAAUUUUAGGUGCAAAUGAAGAGGAGAAUAACGGAAUCCGCGAUCGAUUCGUGUUGUUUGUGAUGAGUUUGGAGAGGUAAUGAGUCGAAAUGAUAGCCAAAUUCAGUUUUCCGCCAUUUCAUAUACACCCGGAUAGUUCACUCAAAAGACAGCACAGUGCUUGCCCGACGAUCGAGGGAAAGUCGAGCAUACCGAAGUGUUGGGUAGAAUAUGUAGAAACUUUUCGUUGUAAAUAGCAACUUUUGUUCUCAAGUAGUUAGUUAAAACAGUCGUUAAUGGUAAUUCGUCAAAUCGCGGUGACGCUUGACGGAAUUUGUGAAUAGACAUUACGUUAAAAAUGCUAUUACCCCAAAUAUCAACAAUGCUAGUGAUUGAGUGCUCUCUGUCCCUAAUUAAAAUAGAGACGUGGGGGGGGGGGGAUUUUAAUGGUUUGACCGGUCAAAAAGGCCAGGACAACACGACUAUUACAGAUAAUUACAUUCACAGGAAAGUGUCUCCAUUGAUCGAAAUCUUGUGCUUGUGUAUGCUAAUCAGUUCUUUGUUGACAUUUGUUAAAUGUUUGUAAAAAAAAAAAAAAUUAGGAAAUCCUUGAAUUUUGUUGAUUAGAAAAGAAAAACAAAAAAAAAACCGAAAAAGUCAAAUCCAAACCAAACAGAAUCCGCUUCCUCCAAUGUCACGCUAUGACAACAGUCACGCAAACGCAACAGCUUUUAGACUUAGAGCUAGAAAAAGCAAAAACAAACGAACUUUUAAGGGCGAACGAAAUUGUUUCAUUAGUGGAGCAGACAGUUGAACACUGCAAUCGAUUGAAGUUUCGACCCAAAUUCGCAUUUGAUGGUAAUUUACCAAACAAAAUUGAGUUUGAUUGCCAUCCUGUAGAAAGAGAGCAUAAAGGAUGUUAGUUCUCUGAGGCUGAUCUAUAUUUAUUGCCAUAGCUUAUCCCGUUUUCUUAAUCUUCAAAGAAGUAAGUUCACCGUCCCUUACCUCACCCUCUCCUCCCACGCUUUUUCGUUGUCUUCGAUUUUGUAACAGCAAUAGAAUAUAAAUUAUAUUAUAUUCUCUUGGUCUUAGAUUUAAAUAUAAAGAGAGAUGGGAAACGAAGUGAGUACAGUCGGAGGAGCAAUCGCCACCGCUGCCACUUCAGUUGCCGCUGGAGUUACGUUUGGUCAGGUUGAUGCUCUGAAUAAUGCUGCGGUCGAAUGCGCCAAGUUUACGGGAAGUGCCGCUUCAAAGACGGUUGUACGUCACGUUGGAGAAACAGUUGGCUCUGCCAUAGCAACAGGUGCCGUGGCAGCCGCUUCUGGAGCCACUUUUGGACGAGUGGAUACCUUGAAUAAGACUGUCGUCAAGUUAGCAAAGCAUACGGCUGAAGCUGCGGUCGAGUCUGGCAAAGUGGUCAUUCACACCACCAAUGAAGUAGCCAAUGGCAUGCCUGUGAUAGGGCACAUCAAAGGUGGAAUACACUAUGCCAUCGGGGAUAGAAAGAGUGGGAAUGAGGCAAUGAAGAAGGCUUCAAGGUCAACCGGGGUUGUCGUAGGGGGCGUUCUAGGGGUAUCCGGUGGUCCAGUGGGAAUGGUUGCCGGGGGUAUCGCAGGGGGAGCUGUGAUGGAUGGCAUAACAACUGGAGUAGAGUCGGCUGUAGAAGGGAAGUAUACUCCAGCCGGACAAAUCAAAGCUUGGACUAAUGUUGCCACGGGUAAAGACCCACAGACGAUUAUCGGGGGCGUGGUGGGGGGUGUUAUGUCCCCCAUUAUGGACGGAGUAGGAGGGUAUGAUGUCGGAACUCUGUUUAAAGGAGGUAGAGUUACGCAUCCACAUGACCAUCACGACUUGGCGGAGUUCGAACAUGUAGAAGUUCCAAUUGAAUCCGAUUCCGAAAAGUCAAAACCUGCAUCAAAUCAUUCCAAGGCGGAACGAGAAAACAGCGAGGUUCCGGGUGCGUCAUCAGCCGUUACAGGAACCGAUAGAGGUGAGGAUCAAUCACACACCAAUGGAAGGGAAGCAGAAGAUAGAUCGAGUGAAGUCGCUGAGGGAGUGGGUCGAUUAGUUGGUGAGGGAAGGGAAGCAGAAGGUCUAGGAAGUGACGAAAAGGGUGGAGUCUCUAGAAGGAUGAAGCAUUCAGCAGGGGAGGCAAGGGAAACAGAAUUUGAGGAGAGUCAAACAGAAGUCGAGGAAAUAAAAAAAGAUAGUGGUGAAAACGAAGCAGAUGGUGAAUUCGGUGAAUGGGUGUAUCUAUCAGCUACAGAGAUAAGCGAAGGAGAAGACGAGAGAACAGAAGGUGUUUCAGAUGAAGGAGAGUCGAGUGGCAGCACGGGUGUAACAGGCAGACCUUUAGGAUGCAGUGGAUCAUCAAUAAUCCAUGCUUGGAAAACCGUACUUAGCGAAGGAGAAGGUGAAAUUAUUCACUUGUCAAAGCUAGAAGAUGGAACACUUUACCGAGGCGUGAAUAAAGGUGAAAACCCAUACAGUGCGGAUGGCCAUGAGGCACGUUUGGGCGAAGGAGUUCACUUCACAGAUGACCUUGAUGAAGCUAUUGACUUUGCCACGUUACGGCAAGCGGCUGAAUCCUCCAACAGAGUAAAUGGAGAAGUGUACCAUUUCGCGUUUAAAGCCGCAGAAUGGCGGGAUUAUAUGAAGAACUGGACGCUUGAACAAGAAGGCACGGUCAGAACUCUUCAUAGUAUAGAUGAAUUCCAAGUUAUCAAGACCACUUAUGGUAGUGCAAACCAUUACCGAUUUAGCCCUCAUAUAGCUGAGGUGAUGGAACAGAGAGACACCCUGGUAAAAAUAAGAGAUGUUAGUACCUCAUCCAAAUGUUCUUUAACAUGACUGAACCUCAGUCGCUUCAUACCCAUGGCGUAUACAGGUUUACUAACGUACCGCAAGUUUGCGGUGAAACUGGUUAAAUACUCUAAAAUACUUACUUUUUUCUAUCGCGCAUUACAAUCUUUAAGUAUCUUUUGCGCAACCAGGCAUCUUCCGAGGUGUUGACAAAGUUGAAAGGUGGUUGUAAUAAAGGGCGUUUGCUAUACAUUUAAGAUAAUAAAACUCUCUGGUUAUCGACGCUAUAAUCCACGCGGGAUUCAUUGAGGAGCUUUGAGAGAACACGAACAAAGUUCACAAAUCAAGAGCCGAAGGCAAAUGAUAGAAGAGCUUCUCUCGUGUCGAUCGAAUAUAACUGUGGGCUGCUAUGCACUGAGUCGAUAGGAAUUACAGUUUCUUUCCUAUAUGAAAUAAUUGUGAAACGUUUAGGUUUUCUGUGGGUUUACUGGAACAAUGAACAGUAGGUUUUUAACUAACUAGUCUUCGCGUAGUAUUGAGGAUAGUUUUAUCAAUCUGCCCGUAGAAUAGGAGCUUUCGCUUAAAGCGAGUCCUUCCUCAUAAUUUGUCACUUAAGUGAGGCGUGAGCAACUAAACAUUGCCUAAGGCCAGCGUGGCAUAGAACAACACAAUGUUGGCAGAUUUUGCUGACUGAGUGUUUGAGUCAACCUUUUGAGUUUAUUUUCUGUUGCGGUUUUUUCUUGUUUACUUUUGUGUGGUCGUUGCUUAGUAAAAAAGGAACUUGG